AUGUAAAAAAAUUCUUAAAAUUAAAAUUAUAAUAUAUAAAAAAAGAAUUUAUUUUCUUUACAAUAAUUAAAAGAAAAAAACGUUACUCUUUAAGUAAACGAAAAUUUAAAAGUAGUAAUUCGAUGUAGACCACCUUUACCUCGUGAAAUAUAAGACGAUCAUUUUAUAUCUACUAUUGAAAUAUCUCCUGAUAAUAAAUAAAUAAUAAUAUAUGAAUAUAAUAAUAUUGAAUUAGUUAAUCCCGUAUAAUUGCCAAAUUAUUUAUAAAAUCCAGAAAAUUAUUAACCACAUUAAUUUUCAUUUGAUUAUGUUUAUGACUAAAAUAGUACUUAACAAGAUGUUUAUAAUAAUACUGCAAGACAUUCAGUUUAAUCAGCUUUAGAGGGAUUUAACGCCUGUAUAAUAGCAUAUGGACAAACAGGUACAGGAAAAACAUAUACAAUGGAAGGAUUUUCAUAUAAAUAUUAACACCCAAACGUAGGAAUAAUACCUCGUGCAGUCGACGAAAUAUUUAAUUACAUAUAAAACUGUUAAGAAAACUAAUCCACAUUCAUGGUAAGAGCAAGCUACCUUUAAAUAUACAAUGACAACAUAUCAGAUUUAUUAAAAAACGAAAGAUAAAACCUAACAAUUCGUGAAGAUAAAAAAAAAGGUGUAUACGUAGAAGGUCUUAGUGAAUGGGCAGUACGUUCCCCUCUUGAUAUAUAUGCAUUAAUAAAAAGAGGUGCUAUAUCUAGAGUUACUGCUAGUACUAAAUUAAACGAUAUUUCUAGCCGAUCUCAUGCUGUAUUUAUAAUAACAGUUGAAUAAAUGUAUACUGAUGAGGAAAACAAGCCUAAGAAAUUGAAAAUCGGAAAACUUAAUUUAGUUGAUUUGGCAGGUUCUGAAAGAGUUAGAAUUUCAGGUGCAACUGGAUAAAGAAUGGAAGAAUGUAAGAAAAUAAACUAGUCUUUAUCUGCUUUGGGUAAUGUUAUUUCAGCUUUGACAGAUUUAAGGGGGAAAGGACAUAUUCCAUAUAGAGAUUCGAAAAUUACACGGCUUUUGGAAGACUCUUUAGGAGGAAAUUGCAAAACAACUAUGAUGGCUACUAUUUCACCGUCUAUUGAUGCUUUUAGUGAAUCGAUUUCGACAUUAAAAUUCGCUAAUAGAGCUAAAAAUAUUAGAAAUAGCCCAGUAAUUAAUGAAGAUUUGGACUAGAGAGCCCUUUUAAGAAAAUAUGAGGAAGAAUUAUUCAAACUUAGGUAGUAGUUAUAGAUAAAAAAUGAACAUACAUAAGAUUAAAGUAUUAUUUCUUAACUUGAAUAAGAUAAAAAAAGAGCAGAAUAGGAUAAGUUUAUAGUAAUGCAGGCAUAUUAAUAGAGAUCAAAAGAAUAUUUCGAAGAAUUAGAAGCUAAAAAGCAAUUAGAAUAGUAAAUUAAGACUCUUUAGAGUCAAGUUUUAAUGGGAGGAGUGAAAAUGGAUGCUAAUGAAGAAUUAAAAAAUAUGUUCGAAGAAUAACAUAAAAAAAUAAGAAAAGAAUACGAAUAAAAAGUAUAAGAAUUAGAAAAAGAAAGACAAUAAAUAUUAACAGAAAAAGCAGAAAUUGAAAAAUAUAAUAAUUUGUUAUUGAAAUAAAGAGAUAUUAUGACAGCUUUAACUUAAAAACUAAAUGAAAGAGACGAAACUAUACUAUAAUAUUAAGAUGAAUUAGAUGCUUAUGAUAAAAUUAUAAAAGAAUAAGAUUUCACUAUUUAAAAAUAAACCAAAAAUAUUUAAUAUUACUAAAAUAUAUUAAAAAACAUAAUAUUCAUGUUUAAGUUGAUAAUAAUGAUUAUCAUUCAGGAAAUUAAGUAAAAUAUGUGA